AUGAACGUUAGUACUAGUUCAUUAGGUGUUAGAAGAAGAAAAAUAGCUACACAAAAUAUAGAUGAUGAAGAAAAUGCUGCAUUAUUAAAAUUGGGUCCUGAAUUUCAAAUUAAACAAUAUAAUAAUUAUGGUGAAGAAAUUGAAUUAACAGCAUUAGGUAUUUCAGAAGCAAGAUUAAUAAUUAGAGGAGCUUUAAAAAAACGAAAAUUGAAACAAAAACCGAAAAAGAAACAACAACAACAACAACUACAGAAAUCACUAGAUAAUACAAAAAAUGAUCUAAAUAAUAAUGAUGAUAUAGAGAUGGGUGAUGAUAAUAUAGAAGAAGAUAAUGAUAAAAAAGAAAUUGAGCAAGAUGAAGAUGAUGAUGUAAAAGAAGACGAAAUAUCAAAUAUAGAAUUAGCAGGACCAAAUUCAAAUGAAAUUGUACAUAAAACAUUGAAUUAUUUGACUAAUUUUGCAAGGUUUAAAAAUAAAUCAAGUUGUGAAACUGUUGAAAAAUUAUUAAAAGAUUUUAGUGAACAUUGUAAUGAAAAAUUACAUCCUUUUGAAUUAGCUCAAUUGGGUACUUUAGAAUGUGAAGAUUCAGAAGAAGCAAAAAGUUUAAUACCUAGUUUAACUAAUAAAGUAAGUGAUGUUCAAUUACAAAGUUUAUUGACUGAAUUAAGAAAAUAUCAAACAUUUCAAUAA